UGAGAUCUCCCGGAGAUUUGAUUUCCUUGCUCCGCUUAUGGAUUAUAGCUAUUUCUCUUCAGUAAUUGUGUGAAUGUAUUCUUAUACCUAGGUGAGCAACGACGUGCUGGACUUAUCACGAUAAUGAUACUUAGCACGAACGGUGCCACUCUUGACAGGGUGUAAUUCAUACAGGCCCAACACCAAUUUUUCCUAGCACUAGUUUUUCAUCAUCUCACAAUCAGGCCAACAAGCGCUGUAUAAAAUUGAGAAUGAAUCCUGUCUUAUUAUAUUGAAGAUGAUCAUCUUGAAACGAUGAUGAUCUAUCUUUCUGGUAUAAUAUUUAUUGCAUCUGUUCCAAGUAUCUCUCAUUCCUACUCUUCUUCUCCCCUUCACCCUUCGCCCCAGAGAUGAGUAGCGUAAUUUCAGACCCCUUUGGGGGUGUCAUUAUGUCGGUAUUUCUGAGCAUUCUCCUCUUGGGCGCCUUGCUUGUGCAAUUAUACAUUUACUUUGACCGCUACCCCAAGGACAAUAUUUGGCUGAAGGUCUUCGUCAUAGUUCUCUUUACCUUGGACGUUCUCAACUCUCUUUUUGUGCUUAUGUGGGUUUAUAAACUCCUAAUCGACAAUUUUGGGAACCUUGUCGCAUUCACCAAAUCUGACUGGACCAUCACAACUGACCCUUUUCUGUUGGGAAUCAUGGCUGGAAUGGUUCAGGGUUUUUUCGCAUGGAAGAUCUGGGUGUUGACCAAGAACUAUUAUUAUGUCGGCGCAGUCGUUAUCUGCGCAUUGACAUCUUCAGUCGGCGGUAUAGUGACAAGUAUCAUCGGCUUUUUAGUCAUCGAUUCCACUAACUGGGACGGGCUCCGCGAUAAACUAGAUAGGCCCUCUCUUGUCUGGCUCAUUCCAGCUGCGCUCGGGGACCUCAUCAUCGCAGUUGUUAUCACCAUAUGUUUACAGCGAGCAAAAGGUUCUAUCAGACGGACCAAUCGUAUUUUGAAUAGAAUUAUCCGAUUGACUAUGCAGAAUGGCGAGUCCCAUACUUUUUCGUGGCGUGUGCCAAGAGGAUUGAUGUUGCCAACAGGGCUUCUCACUGCGACGGUCGCCCUAACUGAUCUAGGCUUGAUUCUUGCCGUGGAGGCAAGUAGGCAGCCUUACUAUAUUUGUGUCGCAUUUAUCUUACCUAAACUGUACACAAACUCUGCGCUUUCGAGUCUUAAUGCUCGCCAACCUCACACUCAGAAUAUCGGAGAUGAAGUGGCCUCUAUGACCAUGCCGUGGAAUAGUGCCGAUGGCCAUACCCUACCUCGAUCACAAGGAGUGUUCAUAAGCGUUGAGUAUGAGAGCCAUGAGAUGAGAGAUCCCCGCAACCAGAAGAAUAACAGCGUGGCCCCCUCGGACUCGGAAGAUUAG